UGUUUAUACACAAAGCAUCCCAAAGGAAAGAAUGAAACUGACAUUUAUUUAUCGUGUUGGAAGCAAAUUGAGAAUACAGUUAUAAUGCAUAGAAAAACCACAAACAAAGUUAAAAACUUUGGCAUUGUACUAAAUGUCCUUUGACCAGAAGCUGGCCACUUGGAGUGCCUCUGCUGUCGCUUUGAGAAGGUCCUCCAUUGUGCAUGUGGAAAGGCUCAGACUGUAUUUUAGUAAGUGGUCUGUGGUUUGCUCUUCUCCACACUCACAUGUCAUGGACUCCACUUUGUGGCCCCAUUUCUUAAGGUUGGCUCUGCAUCUCGUGGUGCCACAGCACAGUCUGUUCGGUGCCUUCCAAGUUGCCCAGUCUUCUGUGUGCCCAGGAGGGAGUUUCUCAUCUAGUACCACUGAUUAAGGUUCUGGGUUUUAACCUGCCACUUUUGGACACUUGCUUGCUGAGGUGUUCCUGUGAGUAUCUCUGUAGAUCUUAGGAAGCUAUUUCUUAAUUUAAGGCAUUGGCUUGCUGACUGAUAUAUGAACAAAGGAUGGGCCGGAGAUGUCAAUGCCUUGGUCCUUUCAUUGCAGGCUGCUACUUCCUGCCAGAUGUCAGGUGAUGCAAUACUGGCUAAACAGUAUAAUUUCUCCAGUGGUGUAGGGCGUAGACAUCCUGUGAUAAUACGGCAUAGCUCAUUAAGAGACAUGAAGCAAUUAUUUUGCUGAAGUCGAGAUGUGAGUCACAAAGUUGUCCACUUCAUCCAUAAUGCUACCUUGGCCUCUAUGAUGGAAAAAAAGAAGGGAAGUCUACCUUGAAUACCCCAAAGAUCCAUUUCUAUAGUAUGGAAAAAAAUGGUGACCUAAAGACUCAAAUUGACAAGCUUUGGCAAGAGGUAAACUCCUUGAAAGAAAUGCAAGCACUACAGACAGUCUGUCUUCGUGGAACAAAGGUGCAUAAGAAAUGUUACUUGGCAUCUGAUGGUGCCAAACAUUUUCAUGAAGCAAAUGAAGACUGCAUAGCCAAGGGAGGGACUCUUGCCAUCCCUAGAAGUGGUGAUGAAACUAAUGCCCUUCGAGAUUACACCAAGAAGAGUUUGCCAAAUGUGGGAGAUUUUUGGCUGGGUGUCACAGAUAUGGUAAAUGAGGGGAAAUUUGUUGAUGUCAACGGAAUGGUACUCAACUACUUCAACUGGGACCGAUCACAACCCAAUGGAGGGAAACGGGAAAACUGUGUCUCGUUCUCCCACUCAGCUCAAGGAAAAUGGGUCGAUGAAGUCUGCCGUACUGUCAAACGAUAUGUGUGUGAAUUUCUUAUCCCAUAAGCUCAUUUGCUACUUGUAGACAGCUUCCUACCUUCCUCUGGGAAGACACAAUGUCUGGCAUUCUGUUAAUGAUGUACACCAGUAUAACAGCAGCAUAUGUAUUUUCUUUCUUUUUUUGUCAUUGAAAAGGAAAA